AUGGCCUCAUCUGAUUUGCUGUAUUCAAUAUUCUGGAUGCCAUUUAACCUGUCAGUCUUGUACAUCAACGGCUCGUUUCUUGUCGGUGGUCAGCUUGGUCAGGCCUUGUGUAAGCUUGUCCCUUUCUUUGGUAGCGUUCCCUUUGUCGUGUCAAUUCUGAAUCUGAUUCUAAUAGCGGUGGAUCGAUUUGGAGCCGUGGUAUUUCCUCUCCGUUCCCCACUCAUCAGAUCCAAGCUGUGUCCCUUCUUCAUUCUCGCUACAUGGAUAGUUGCCGUAGCUGUCAAUUCGCCAUACUUGUUCACCAUAGAGCUCGAUGAAUCCCCAGAGGAAACCUGGUGUGUAAUGAAAUGGAAAAAAGUAUUCGGAGAGUCAUCAUCCUUUGCCAGUUUCGUGCUAGCUUCCUACAGUCUGUUUACAUACAUACCUGUGCUGUUGCUAGUCAUUCUUUAUUCCAUCAUUGUUAUCAAGCUCAAGACGCAGGCGCAUCCAGGUGAGCAGUCCGCCAACGCUCAGCAACAGCGGGACAGAAGAAACCGAAACGUGCUUCAAAUGUCCAUUGCUAUCGUAACAGUGUUUGUGUUUUGCUGGUCACCUUACUCUAUCAACAUUUUAAUCAUAGAAUAUCAGGACAGUCUCACGAAUUUCUCGUGUAGUUUUCGGUUAUACUUCGAUGUCACCGUUUAUAUCAGUCACAUGUACUGUGUUAUCAACCCGAUCAUCUGUUUCAUAUUUAGCAUUAAUUACCGAAAAGCUCUUAAAAGACUCAUAAAAUGUUCUUUUGUACAGGCGUCAUGACUGUCAAUGUAUUUUUAGUAGUAAUUAUCGAAAAGGUCUUAGCAGACUUAUGAAAUGUUCUCUUGUACAGGCGUAAGUCGCAAAAAUGUGCUUUUGACUGAAUAUGUUAAGAUUUAG